AUGGCACCAUAUAAAAAGAAAUUGUCCCGGAACAUCAUUUCGGGCAUUAGUCACUGCACUGGAAUCCUUUGGUGCUUCUCGUGGAUUGGACCCAUUAAUUAUAUAACUUCGAAGAGAGUGUUCUUCGAAUGGCGAUUCCAGCAAUAUGAGCUGAGAAAAAUUAGAGGAGAAGCUGACAAUGAGUGUCUUGCUUGUGAUAAAACGCCUUUAGCAGUACAUAUUGAUGACAACAAGAAGCUGUAUCGCUACAACAAAGUUGGGAGAGGUAUCAGAAACCCCUAUUAUUCUGAUAGUAUCUUCAGCAAAGAUGAAGAUGUUCAAGCUCAUGUUGGCACUAUUCAGAGCUUGAAAACUAAGGUAUUGUAUGGAGGGCGGUGGCAAGAAGGAAGUGGCAUGACUUUAGGGGAAGAGGCAGAGCAAGUGUUUGCAUACCUCUCACGAUACAACUCUACAACUAAAAACAUGCUGAAAGCUGAAAGAACAGAAGAACUCACAGAGGGUGCAGUCUUUUGGAACCAUCGAAAAAUUGAUGGACUGGCUCGUGCAUUAGUUACUCGACUCAGAAAGGCCAGAGAGACGGAAAUAACAGUUUCAAAUGAGAUCGACAAACUUGAUGUUCAAAAGUCAUUGAUUCAAGAAUGGCGAUCUGACCUACAAAUGAUUUGUAAGGAGUUAGAGUUAAACACUGGAACAACCUCGAAGAACAUAAAAUAUUCUAUCGAGGCAGUUGCAGACUCUAUCAGGCAUCGCAAAAAUCUGAUUGCCACUGAUGCAGCAUCCAGUAAAAUGCGCUCUUCACUCCGGCACAGAAAUGAGUGUGACAAGAAAAAGCUUCAAGGCUUCAUAAAAAUCUACAAUAGUGAAAACUCUGAAAUUCUCAGUGAAAAGGAUGCAAUAGAAGGUAUCCUGCCAUGGCACAAUUUAUUGCCUCAUCAUAGCCAAAAUGUGUCCCUUGCUCAAAAAAAGAAGGCAGUAGAAGAUGUGGAGCUUAAGAAGAGAUCCAGAGAAGAGCAACAACACACUGUUCAAGAAAUGCUGCAUUAUCUCGCAUAUUACAAGAAAAAGAGAGAGAUUUUAAAAGAACAUACUGAAGAGUUGUUAUGUGGAAUUUUUCCUUCAUAUCUAAGCAAGGAUCCUAACAAGUACACUAUUGAAGAGAAGCACCUAUCAACCAAAAAUAAGAGUGGAAUCUUGGCUCUUUUGAAGCAAGGGCAAAAGUUGUGUUCUGACAAGCUGAGUGAUGCAAAGCGUUUAUUUGGAUACCAGGAAGAGGAUGUUGAUGUUUCCAAGCCCUACCUGGAGCUUUGUGACAGUGAAGAUGAUGAUGAUGAAGAUGAAGAUUUACUACCAAACUGA